AUGGUGCUGGUUCUUGUUUACAUAGCACUCUUCCUGGACUAUACUCUGCUAACUGUUGUUGUGCCCAUCAUCCCCAGUUAUUUGUACGAAAAACAUCAAGCAGAAAUUAAUACUUCAACACCACUAGAGCUGCCUCCCACACCACUCCCUGUCUUUCCCCAUUCUAAUGACAUGAAUCUUGCACUUGAGAAGAGCACUGCAGCACCUGAGACCGGGAAUGAAGGUUUUGAACAGAGGAACACUACACAGGCAGCCACUCUUGACUUAAAGCCAACCACUGAAGUGACUCAGUGCAGCAGGAAUGAAUUAUUUCUUGCAGAGGAAAAUGUUCGCAUUGGAUUGUUAUUUGCUUCCAAGGCCAUUGUACAGCUCCUGGUGAAUCCAUUUGUAGGGGCACUGACUAACAGAAUCGGAUAUCACACUCCAAUGUUCACUGGCUUUGUGAUAUUGUUUGUGUCAACAAUAAUGUAUGCUUUCUCAAACACCUACAGCCAGCUAUUUGUUGCUCGAACACUGCAAGGAAUUGGCUCAUCGUGUUCCUCUGUAGCAGGUCUGGGAAUGUUGGCCAGUAAUUAUACUGAUGACAAUGAAAGAGGCAAAGCCAUGGGGAUAGCACUGGGAGGCGUGGCAUUGGGGGUCCUCAUCGGAGCACCUUUUGGAAGCGUGAUGUAUGAAUUUGUAGGAAAGUCAUCUCCUUUCCUGACCUUGGCUGCCUUGGCCUUACUCAAUGGAGUUCUCCAGCUCUGCAUUCUACAGCCCACCAUGCCUGCACCAGAGAGUCAAAAAGGCUCAUCACUCCUAACACUGCUAAGAGACCCCUACAUUCUGAUCGCUACUGGAUCCCUGUGCUUCUCAAACAUGGCCAUCGCUAUGCAGGAGCAGGCACUGCCGAUCUGGAUGAUGAAGACCAUGUGUUCACCUAAACUGCACCUGGGUCUGGUCUUCCUGCCAUCCACCAUUGCCUACAUGCUGGGCACAAAUCUCUUCGGUGUUCUUGCCAACAAAAUAGGCAGGUGGCUGUGCUCCCUGAUUGGGAUGGUGAUUUUAGGGAUCAGUAUGAUCUUGCAUCCUUUUGCCACUAACAUUUUUGAGCUGAUAGCACCUGGCUGUGGAGCCGGCCUCGCUAUAGGGAUGAUCGAUUCUUCGAUGGUUCCCAUAAUGGGCCACCUGGUGGAUAUUCGUCACGUGUCAGUGUAUGGAAGUGUGUUUGCCAUCGCUGAUGUGGCACUUUGUAUGGGAUUUGCUAUUGGGCCCUCGCUUGGAGGUGCUAUUGUCAAAGCAAUUGGAUUCCAAUGGCUAAUGUUCAUCAUUGGAGUCAUCAACAUAUCCUAUUCUCCACUCUGUAUCAUCUUAAGGAAGCCACCUGUCAAUGAAGAAAAAAUGAUGAUUUUGAACCAGGACUCUGCUGCAAAUGCCAGUUUUUACACUUCUGAGAGGUUUGGGCAAGAAAUCCUGAUGACAGAAGCCAAAAGUAAAGAAAUAGGGAGCAGAGAAUAA